AGAAGGUGAAUGUCAAACGCGGACAGAAACAAAACAAAAAUCCACCGCGAUUUUCCGCCGCGAAUUAAAAUUCGUUUUCCUAAUCACCAUAAAGUGUUCUAAUUACCGAGAUAGUGUUCGCUAGUGCACCGUAUCCGUACAAAAAAUGGCCGGUCUCGAAUCGAUGAUCGUGGAAGAAAAGCCACAGCCCCCGAAGUUGGUCGAUCGGGAGAAGACUUGCCCGCUGCUACUGCGCGUAUUCUGCUCGACCGGACGGCACCAUUCGGCGAACGAGUACGCUUACGGCAAGGUACCGUCGAACGAGCUGCAGAUCUACACCUGGAUGGAUGCGACGCUGCGCGAACUGACGACGCUGGUGCGGGACGUGAAUCCAGAGACGCGUCGCAAGGGUACCUACUUCGAUUUCGCCGUCGUCUACCCGGACCGGGGCUCCUCGUUCCGGAUGCGUGAAAUCGGCGUCACCUGUUCCGGCCAGAAAGGGGCGGACGACUCAAAAACGCUCGCCCAAGCCAAGUUCACCAUCGGGGACUUUAUGGACAUUAACAUUACGCCACCGAAUCGUAUGCCUCCUCCGCGGCGGCAGCGUCCGUAUUAAGAGGCCAGAACAUCAGGUCGCCCUCUCUGUAGGGUGUACAUUUGCGAGAACUCUUUUUUUUAGUUUAUCGAUAAAAGACCAUACUGGAAGCAACCAUCUUUCAGAAGAAAUUGAAGAACGUUGCGAGUUUACCUUUAAAAUUGAUAAUCACACGCGUCACACCAAUGUAACGUUCAAAUUUAUUUCAUUCGCCCGCAUUCAUCUCUCUUUGACCUUAUCUCGGGCAUUUGAUGUAGUGCAUUCUCAUUAAUUAAGACUUAAACACAGAACGGGAAGGAAGGGAGGGUGGUUCUAGGCUUCUUUCCGGAGAGGUAGCUAGGACCGGAACGGCCCUUUUUCUUUCCCGGGAAGAGCGUGUGCUAAUGUGUGCUUGUAAUAAAUACAUUUCAAUUUUGCCACCAUCGCACAACGGACUGCAACUAUUGUUUCUUCAGUUGCGGUAGUACUGCUGCUGCUGU